CCCUCACAGCGCCCAUCCCCACUUUCUGCUGCCCGCUCCAAAACCUGCGCGGCAUGCUCGCGCUAGGUCGCCCCAGAGACCCAGGCACUCUUUCUCUCCAUUGAAGCUCUCGCUCUCGUUGCCGGUAGCUCCCUAGAGCUGCCUCCUCACCGCUAGCCAUGGCCAAGGGAGAGCUCAUCACCAUCGGCGCUGCCGUCACGGCGGCGGGCGCCACGUACAAGCUCGCCGAGUUCCUGACAAAGGCCAAGCGGGUGCGCGAUGUAGGCCCAUCCAACGCCGUCUACGUGCGCAUCAUCGGCCGCGUCCGCUCCGACCUCGACGAGGUGCGCCGCCUGCUCUCGGUCCGCGAAAUCCACGACAUCCUCGAGGCCAAUCCCGAAAAGUCCAAAUGGGUCUACGGCUGCAUGCGCGAUGUGCGCGGCGCCCUCGAGAACAUUACGCCCCAUACCGAGCGCGUCGCUGGCGACAUUGAAGACGGCCGCCGUGUCGGCAUGCGGCACCGCGUCUACUGGCUGCUCAGCGAGAAGGAAAAGCUCGAGAACCGCGAGAAGGAGCUCAACGUGGCCCACCAGAGCCUCGCCGAGGUCAUCGGCUACCUGACUGCCCUCGAGCCCAUCCCCGAGAAGGCCAAGCCCAAGCACAAGCAGACCAAGAAGGAAACCCACGUCGAAAUUGACAUUCACCAGCAGGCCCCUCCGCCCCCGCCUCCCGCUCCUGCGCCUGCUCCUGCGCCUGCUCCUGCGCCUGCUCCCGCUCCCGUUCACCACCACAGCACGCACAUUGAUCGGGAUGUUUACAUUGAGCGCGAUGUCACUGGCCCGGGCCGCGUCGAGGAGCACCGCGACGUCUGGAUCCAGCGCGACCGCCAGCCCCCGGUGCACUACGAGGAACGCCGCGACGUCUACAUUGACGAGCGUGAGCGCGGCCCCCAGUACUUUGACGACCGCAGCCGCGGCCCUCGCCACGACAGCCACUGGGAGCACGGCCGCGACCACCGCUACGAGACGCACUACGACGAGCGCUUCGAGCAGCAGGACCACUACCGCUCGCAGUACCCCAUUGAGACCCAGGAUACGUACCAGCACAACCGCCUCUACCCGGAGCCCACCGGCCGUCCUGCCGAAGCCUUUGAGGAACGUCUCCCGGAACGCGACACCUGGCACCAAAGCAGCGCCCGCAACAGCCAACGCCCAGGUCAGUACGGCCCCUACGGAGGACAGUACGCGGAGUACGGCGCGCCGCAGCCCAUUGGCGCCGCCCACUAUACGCGUAGGUUCAAAGGAGACGCAGGCUUUGGCGACGAAGAGAUACUAAAUCCUCAACCAGUGCCACUGGACAGGAAGUAUGCCGAACGCGAGAUGUGGAUUGAGCAAAAGGAGGACUAUCGCUUCGAUCAGUACGGGAACCGCUUGCCGGAUAGGCUGUUCCAACCGCCUAUUCCUCGGCCGCAUCGAAGCCGCAUGUGAAAUGGGAUAUACCUCUUUUGAUUACGAUCAAUCUUUUUUCUAAUGUUAUGAGCCUCUCUGUCCACCCCCUCUAGUGUGUAAACAUCCAUCCCCCUUUGCCCCCAGUGCCCAAUACUCCUAUGUAGUUGGAAUUUAAGUUGAUACCUAUCCCCCCC